ACUCUGGUGCUGCCGGUUGCUAAGGCUGCCGGGGUCUGGCCACCGAGGGGUUUGUCCGGCCUCUCGCAGCCUCACCCCAACAGUCGGUACCUGAGCGAGACUGUCACCGCGACUGCUCGGAGCUGCGCUCGCCCAGCCGGGAAAACGCCCAUCCGGCUCUCGGUGACAUGGCCGGGGAACCCCCUGGGACCUUGGUGUGGCCUAGCCGGGUCAGAAGAACCCAUUGCCCGGGGCUAUUUCCUGCUGUGGGUGGCUUGGGAUCUGCGCCGGCUCCUGCUUUGGCUGGGGGGCUGGCGAGGGCAGGGCCAGGCUUCGAGGGGCUCCGAGGCGCUGCGUUCUGACCCGGUUUCUCUCUUUUCCAGGAUUAUCAGAACCAAAGUUCAGCAGCCUUUCCACCCGACCCCCGACGGCACUGGCCCGGGAGUGACGGCCCCUGGGCACACCAUCGUUCCCAGCACAGCAUCCCCUCCCGUCUCCAGUGCCUCCAAUGAUCCGGUGGGCUCUUACUCCAUUAACGGGAUCCUGGGCAUCCCGCGGUCGAAUGGCGAGAAGAGGAAACGUGAUGAAGAUGUGUCGGAGGGCGCGGUUCCCAACGGAGACUCCCAGAGCAGCGUGGACAGUUUGCGGAAGCACCUUCGUGCUGACACCUUCACCCAGCAGCAGCUGGAAGCUUUAGAUCGAGUCUUCGAACGUCCUUCUUACCCGGACGUCUUCCAAACCUCGGAGCACAUCAAAUCUGAGCAGGGGAACGAGUACUCCCUGCCAGCUCUGACCCCUGGGCUUGAUGAAGUCAAGUCAAGUCUAUCUGCCUCUGCUAACCCAGACCUGGGGAGCAACGUGUCAGGACCCCAGACGUACCCCGUGGUGACCGGUCGUGACAUGGCGAGCACCACCCUGCCCGGCUACCCACCCCAUGUGCCGCCGACUGGCCAGGGCAGCUACCCGACCUCCACUCUCGCAGGGAUGGUUCCCGGGAGCGAGUUCUCGGGGAACCCUUACAGUCACCCUCAGUACACGACCUACAAUGAGGCCUGGCGAUUCAGCAACCCCGCGUUACUAAUGCCACAUCCCGAGGCGCUGCACCUCCCACUGCUGCCGCUGCCUAUGACCGCCACUAGUUACCAUGGAAACCACAUGAAACUGCAGGGCGACAGCUUAGGCCUCCAUAUUGUACCUGUCUGAUCAACUUUCUCCAGCCCCGGGAAGGGUGAAGAGAACGUCUCCGCCCCCCUCCACGCCCGGCUCUCCUCCUCCUUCCCCGCCGAACGCGCCGGGCCGACCGGACUGAGAAAUACGCCUCCCCUCGCCCAGCCCGGCUGCUUCCGUGGACAAUGGGACGGGCCUGUGGCGACUCCCCGGCUGCUGUCGUCCUGCCGACCAUCCCCGGCACCGCGCGGCCACGCAAAGCCCCCCGCGUGGGAAGCCUGAGGGGAGUCCAAGCAAUGCAGCCUGCAGCCCUUGUUCAUACAGGACCCUGCUCUCCAGGGAGUGGCAGCGGAGGAGCCACCCGCAACCAAUUGUUCCCUUUGAGAAACUUUCUUCCAUGGUGGAUGCUUCAGCGUGCUGAUCGACAAGCUUGUCUCAGAGGCCCGAGGGAAUGGUCUGCCUAGCAUGGGGGUGUCAGCCCCCAACUCAUUUGCCACGGAAGGGCCCAGCGUGACACUCUCCACCCCCCCCUCCAACCCCCGGGUCGCUCUCUGUGCUGCAUCCGCCCUCUUCUCCCCAUGCCUCGGCUCCCUUCAGGCGCCGUUUGAAGGCCGCCCCCGGCCUGUUGUGACCCAGCAGGCCAGCGUUGGGUUGAAACACUCACAACCACAACUUCUGUGACACACAAUCAGCUCAGACAGGAGGAUGGAGCCACAUCACCCAACCGACUGAGGAAAUGAAGAAAUAUAUAAAUAGAUAUAUAAAUAUAACUGUGUUUUUAUGCUUUGUCAUGAAGGUCUGUAAAAAGGGAAAAAAAUGAACAAAUCCCCAAUUUUCUAAAAAAAAAAAAAAAAAA